UGUGACCAUAGAAGAAGACACGUGUCUACUGCGCAUGUCCACUACACAAGCUUGAAUCCGUGCUAGUUUUGUUUUUCUUUUCCACAGCCAUUUGAAGUCCGGUGUGCGUUUUCUUUAAAAAUGCCACCAAAGGGCAAAGGUGGCGGCAAGGGAGCUAAAGGAGCUGCGUCAGGAAGUGCAGAUGCUGAGAAGAAAGAUAAAGCACCUAAAGGAGGCACUGCUGUCAAGGUGCGUCACAUCCUCUGCGAGAAACACGGAAAAUGUAUGGAGGCAAUGGAGAAACUGAAGUCGGGAGUUCGCUUCAGCGAAGUAGCAUCGCAAUACAGUGAAGACAAAGCAAGACAAGGAGGGGACCUGGGUUGGAUGACGCGAGGAUCCAUGGUUGGACCUUUCCAGGAUGCUGCUUUCGCCUUGGCUGUUUCUUCCAUGGAUAAACCUGUUUACACGGACCCCCCAGUCAAGACCAAAUUUGGUUACCACAUCAUUAUGGUGGAGGGGAAAAAGUAGCAAGAAGCAACACUGACUGAGGACAUUCACUUCUGCAAUGUUUCGUAUAUUAUAACGUCUCGUUGUACACUACCAUAUCAUGGUAGUUCAUCGUUUUUGAAUAAAAGCUUAACAGCGACA